AUGACUCCGGCGAUACCAAGCCUGACCAUUCCGCGAUCCGAGCUCUCGCAAGCUCUGUUCGAUGAGCUGCGCACAGUCGUCAAAGGCCCCGUCUUCCGCCCUUCUGACCCCGAGUUCGCUGAGCGAUCGCGGACUUUCAAUGGCAAGCUCGUCUGCUUCUCGCGCGCGCUUGUGUCCCCGCUCGACGCGCACGACGUCAGCGCCAUUAUCCGAUUCUGUACAGAGCACGGCCUCUCACCCUCGGUCAAGGCUGCUGGGUAUGCUACAGCCGGAUGGUCAGUUGCCGGCGAUGUGAUCAUCGACCUUGGUAUGCUGCGUGAGUGCGACAUCGAGCCGCCUCUAUCUGAGGCCGAAGCAGAAGCCCAAGGUGGGAAGGAUUGGACGCGUCUGAGCGACAUGCCACCUCCCGGGAGCAAAGGCAAAGGUCGCGCAGGCGGGCGCCAGGGCAACAAAGACGGCGUUGUGGACGUCCCCUCUACGACGGCUGCUGCGGAGCCUGCAUCAAUGGCGGGUACGAAACGGCGUCGCGCAAACAGCGAAGAGGCCGAAGGUGACGACCUGCCGAAGCUGGAGGCAACACAGGAGAAACGCAACCUUCUGCGGUCUUACGAUGGGGCGUCCGAGAGUCUUGCAUCCUUCCUGCGCGGCCCGCCGCUCGAGCCCGAAGAGGGAGAAGAGCCUAGAAAGCCACCGGCCAACAGGCGACGCAUCGAUUCUGCUGAGGACAUGUCGACCCCAACCGCCUCGUUGGAUGGCGAAGCACACAAGGCAAAGGUUCCAAGGCUCGGUGAUAGCGACGACCGUACUCCUAGCGUUAGCUCUGGUUCGAUGGCCAGCACUGCGCCUGCUGUAAGGGCGGAAACGUCCACGUCCCCUGCACAGGCCGCCUCCUCGGCCCAGGAGCCAUUCGGCUACAUGACCUCGGACGCGCCAUCAGAACCACGCGCUCCCAUGUACAGCGGCUCGAACCCGUUCGCGACAGGCCCCUCGUCAAUUAUCGCGCCACCAGGUAUGCUCCGUGGCUUCCCCAUGAUGGGUUCCAGUAGCUGGACGCCCCCGCCGUCGGCCUCCCUGGGCUCCCAAGGCGUGCGCAGCGCCGGCGUCGGUCCUAGCAUGUUUUCGCACACUUCCUUCGCUUCCGGCUCUAUGUUCCCGCCGGCGCCUUCGUUCAUGGGCAUGCCGAUGCCAAUGGGAAUGGGAAUGUCCUCCUUUGGCCUGCCACUUGGCCAGAUGAUGCCCCGCAUGGCGCCCGCGCAGCCGGUGCACAAGCAUGCGUACAUCACCCUCGGGGCCGGCAUGCGCCAGAAGGAAGUGGACAUGUACACCGCAGAGCACCCGCUGGAAGGCAUCAGCCCUGUGACAGGCUCGAGAGAAGACGGCAUUGUGCCCUAUCACUUCCCCUCUUCGGCCCACCCUGUUGGCUCGUCCAUAUUGCUACUGGCUGGUUUCGGCUUCAUCAGCCGGAUGCACGGACUUAGCAUCGACAAUCUGGUCGAAGUUGAGAUGGUGAUGGCCGAUGGGCGUAUCGUGGUUGUAAACCAAGAUGAUGACCCAGAUCUUUGGUGGGCGGUUCGCGGUGCUGGGCCCGCGUUCGGAAUCGCUACUCGCUACAAAGUCAGGGCUUUCCCAGUCCCGGUGGUAUUCGCUGGCAACUUGGUCUACCGCUUCCACCGUGCUACUGCCCCCUCGCUCAUCAAGCAUUUCCGCGACUGCGUCAAGAAUGCGCCCCGCGAGUUAUACGCGAACGUCCUGCUGACGGCGGGGCCCGAAGACAAGGAUUCGCUGGUCGUCAUCCAGAUGUGCUAUGUCGGGCCGAAAGAAAAGGGUAUUGAAUACCUCAACGCGAUCUCCAGCUGGGAUGGCGAGCGCUGCUUGCUCAACGAGGUAAACGAGAAGAGCUACCUCAACCAGCAGGACAGCGUAGCGCAGAUUCUGCGAGGAAAAGGCACGCCUUGGACGCUACUGAGAUAUUCAUAUUCCCCUGUAGCUGGAAGGCAGUGGUUUAUCCGCUCGUCCCUGAUUCACUCGUUGCCGGAUGAGGUAGUCAACAAGACCGUCAUCCAAUUCGCCAACACGCCGAUCGGCUGCACGUGGCUUUUCGAGCUGUCAGGAGGCGCAAUCGGUGACUUCGAAGACACGUGUCUCCCGAAAGAACAGCGAGAUGCGACAUGGACUGUCGCCGCACUGCACCAAUGGGAGAUGGGAAUCGACGAUCCUCGCUGCAUCACAUCUGCUGAAGACGUGCGUUUCUGUCUGCCCUCAUCGUCGUGGAUUGACGGCGUCAUCGGCACCGUCGCACUGGGAGGGCCUUAUCCAUCCUUCUUGGCACGACAUGAGCCUCCUCCCCGGACAAUGGCAUGCUUUGGCAAAAACUGGUCGCGCCUCGCCGAGUUGAAGCGCAGGUACGACCCACAAUGUCUCUUCAAGAAUAACUUCUGGCCGGUAGACGCGAAGGGGGAACCGAUUGAGCUCCUCUCCAACGAACCGCCGUCGCCUCAGUGA